AGCCUUCGGAGCCCCUCCGCCCACACGUCUCCAGGUCCCCGAGCCUCGGUCUUCCUCGCCGCCCUACUCGUGGCCAUGGAGUGUCCGCACCUCAGCUCCAGCGUCUGCAUCGCUCCGGACUCAGCCAAGUUCCCCAACGGCUCCCCGUCGUCCUGGUGUUACAGCGUGUGCCGCUCCAACAAAAGCCCCUGGGUCUGUUUGACUUGUUCAAGUGUCCACUGUGGAAGGUAUGUGAAUGGCCAUGCAAAAAAACAUUAUGAAGAUGCACAAGUACCCUUAACUAAUCAUAAGAAAUCAGAAAAGCAAGAUAAACCUCAGCAUACAGUAUGUAUGGAUUGCAGUAGCUACAGUACAUACUGUUAUCGCUGUGAUGAUUUUGUGGUUAAUGACACCAAGCUGGGACUGGUACAGAAAGUCAGAGAACACUUACAGAACUUGGAAAACUCAGCUUUUACAGCUGACAGGCAUAGGAAAAGAAAACUUUUGGAAAACUCAUCACUAAACAGCAAGUUAUUAAAAGUAAAUGGAAGCACUGCUGCCAUCUGUGCCACAGGACUCCGGAAUCUGGGGAACACAUGUUUCAUGAAUGCCAUCCUUCAGUCACUCAGUAACAUUGAGCAGUUUUGCUGUUAUUUCAAAGAACUGCCCGCUGUGGAGUUAAGGAAUGGGAAAACAGCAGGAAGGCGAACAUACCACACCAGGAGCCAAGGGGAUAACAAUGUGUCUUUGGUGGAAGAGUUCAGAAAGACACUUUGUGCUUUAUGGCAAGGUAGCCAGACUGCAUUUAGCCCAGAGUCCUUAUUUUAUGUUGUUUGGAAGAUUAUGCCAAAUUUUAGGGGCUAUCAGCAACAGGAUGCCCAUGAAUUCAUGCGCUACCUUUUGGGCCACCUGCACUUGGAACUCCAGGGCGGUUUCAACGGUGUUUCCCGCUCAGCAAUUCUACAGGAGAAUUCUGCUCUAUCUGCAAGUAACAAAUGUUGCAUGAAAGGGAUUUACAAGACAAACUCCCCAAAGACAGAAAGAAAAGAAAAUGGAGCAUCUACAGUUGUCACAGCUAUAUUCGGAGGUAUUCUCCAAAAUGAGGUUAACUGCCUCAUAUGUGGGACAGAAUCUAGAAAGUUUGAUCCAUUCCUAGACCUUUCAUUAGAUAUUCCAAGUCAGUUCAGAAAUAAGCACUCAAAGAAUCAAGAAAAUGGACCAGUUUGUUCAUUACGAGAUUGUCUUCGCAGUUUUACUGACUUAGAAGAACUUGAUAAGACAGAGUUAUAUAUGUGCCACAAAUGCAAAAAGAAACAAAAAUCCACUAAAAAGUUUUGGAUUCAAAAACUACCCAAGGUGCUAUGCUUACAUUUGAAACGAUUUCAUUGGACUGCAUAUUUAAGAAACAAAGUUGAUACCUAUGUAGAAUUUCCGAGAGGCCUGGACAUGAAAUGCUACUUGCUAGAGCCUGAGAACAGUGGCCCAGAGCACUGCCUGUACGACCUUGCCGCUGUGGUGGUUCACCAUGGUUCCGGGGUUGGUUCUGGACAUUACACAGCCUAUGCAACUCAUGAAGGUCACUGGUUCCAUUUCAAUGACAGUACUGUAACACUGACUGAUGAAGACACCGUUGUGAAAGCAAAGGCCUACAUCCUUUUCUAUGUGGAACGCCAGGCCAAAGCUGGAUCAGAUAAACUUUAAUACCUCCUUUAAAUCAUUGUUUUUGUCAAAUAUACCGGACAAACAUUUCCAAUUUUCCAUAAAUACUUGAUCCAAGAUUUGAUUUCAUUAUGCACUUUUCAAUUUCCUAUUUUGGGUUUAGUUUUAUUUUGUCAAUGGUAGUGACGUAUUGAACAUGGGCACCAACUAAUUUUUUUUUUUUUUUAGUUCUACCAGAAAACCUCAGCAGAUAUUUUGAUUUGCUGCUUUAGUUGUAAUAAUUCAGUUUUUUAUGUAGUUUCAAGAACUUAGUUCUAUUUGACUUUUUUAUAUUAAUGUUUUUGGUUCUCACUUUGAGGCACAUUUACAUCAAUGCUUUGUUAUGUUCACAUGCUGAAAGCAAGAUGUGUUCCUGAUUGGGAAGAGCAACAGAACGCCUGCUGCCUUUCACAGCUGUGAUGGAGAUCAGGUUGAUGGGAGAGCCAGGAUCAUGUGUGCACAGAACUUGUAGCCCACGGGAUUUCAGUGACCGCUCCAUAAUCGUUCCUUUUGAUUGUACAAGAGAACUGGGAGGGCAUCGUUAAGCAGGUCAGGUAAUUGCUGCUCUUAGUAGCUCUCAAGGUUGCUGUUUAUCAGCACUAACUAAAUAAAUUUGUUGGUUCAGUUGUACCUGUA